AUGGUGGUCCCUUCACGCUUUUCGAUGACAGAUGUAACUCCUUUUCUCACUCUCCCGUCCAUUCCUUUGUCCUCCGUCUCGCCCAGUCGACCUUCGUUUCAUAGUAGUUUGGCUUCUUCUCCUCUUCGGAUUCUAUCCCCCUUUAAACCGCCAUCCUCUUCCCUCCCACGAGUUGCUAGUCCGACCAAAGUAACGUCCCCGGCCAUGAUGAGUUCCCUUCAAGAGAAAACUUCUACGCCUAUAAAGAAAGUAGAUCUCUCUGAUGAUGGCUCACCCUCUCCGAAGAACUUUGUCCCGACGAAAGCUUCUGGUAAGGAACAAAAAUUGACAUCUUCUCCCAAAGUAUCUUCCAAUCCUUCAUUGACUUCAACGCCUCCUGGAAUCUUUGAGCAAGAUCAUUUUUUUUCGGCCCGUUCAAAACGGAAAAAUAAUCUCUUUUUUGUAGAUGAAAAUGGCUCUAGUCGUGUCGUCCUCGGUACUCCUUCGCGAGUUCCAAGUCCUACCAAAACAGGGUCUAUGCUCAAUUCUCCACCCUCAAGAGUGGAACUUAAUCGUUCCCCAAACUCCAGUGCAUCUUCGAUUCAUUCUCCACCUUUACGCUCCCCAGUUCGUUCUUCCGUGCGGACGCCUUUGUCCCCUCCUUCCAGAAAAAGACUGCGUGCCAAAAACGAACCUGUUUCUCCUACCCCCGCUUCUCCCAGCCCUCCACCGAAACUUCCAUCUGUCUUGGGUAGACCGAGGCGGUUAGCUGCUAUGGAAGCUAGUCCUGCCAUUCGAAGAGCUUUGGUUUCGUCAAGACCGACAAAGCCGGUCUCGGACCAUUCCUUAAAAAGCAAAACGGAUUCCCAAUCAAAAGAGAAACAAAGUUUUUCCAAGAAUAUGAAAGAAAUGGCUUCUUCUGGUGGUAAAUAUACAGAAAAGCCAUUGCAAGAAAGAAAUGUUGAAACUUUGGGUACAUCUGACAAAUUUGCAAAUUUGCUACGAGACGUCCACUCUGAAGAUGGAACAGUAGAUAAAGAUGACCAUCAUCCUGACUCACUUUCGAAAAAGAGACAGUUUCGACAGGCGAAAGCCACUGGACUUUCCCCGAGACAAACCGAUCCUGCUAGUAUCAAGCCCGUCAACGUGGAAGCCAAAAAAUCCCCCUCCAAUUCAAAGCGGAAAGUGAAAUGGUCCAAGAAAUUGGUGCAUGGCACCAGCGACGUAGAACCGACAACUCUGUCUCGUCCGUCCAAGUCAGAACCCUCUAAAAGCUGCCUUGCUUCUAAAUCAAGGGAGUAA